AUGCCAAAGAAGUUCAUCGUCCCUUCAAUGAAGAUGUACGACGGGACGACCGACCCUGAUAAUCAUAUAGCCCAGUACAAGCAACGCAUGUUCACAACGGCAAUAGCAAAAGAAUAUCGCGAAGCUAGUAUGUGUAAAGGAUUUGGAUCUAGCCUCACGGGACCAGCUCUUCAGUGGUUUACAAACCUACCGAACGCGUCAAUCGACUCGUUCGCGUCAUUGACAGACCGCUUUGUUGAGCAAUUCGCGAGCAGCAGGAACAUAGAAAGGACAGCCGACGAUCUCUAUGAAGUGAUACAGAAGAGAGGAGAACCGUUGCGCGAUUACGUAGGUCGCUUCAACAAAGAGAAAGUAUCCAUUCCGGCAUGUGUCACGUCCACUGCCAUCUCUGCAUUCAAAAGAGGAUUGCUCCCAGACAGUGAUUUGUACAAGGAACUGACGAAGUACCAGUGCAGAACGAUGGAAGAUGUGCUAUCUAGAGCAUGGGCUCAAAUAAGGUGGGAGGAAGACCCUGCAUAUCGACACCUACUUUCCCCACGAUCUGAUUCGCGUGUUAGGAACGAGCGUCCCUCUCGAGAUGACAGACCGUACCAGAGACCACGCAGUGAAAGCACUAGCAAGAGAAGCGACAGCAGAGGCGACCAUCGACCACUCAACCAAAUUGAGAGCGACCAACGCUCAUCAUCCACAUGGCCAGACAUGAGUAACCUCGCAAUAUCUCCUGCAGAACUAGUCAAUGUUCUUAAUCAUAUAUCUGGAGUAAGAUGGCCUCAAAAGAUGAAAGCACCAGGGGAACGAAGAGACACAUCAAAGUGGUGCGACUUUCACUCUGACCAUGGUCAUAGAACAGAAGAUUGCAUCACGUUGAGAAUGGAAGUAAACGAGCUACUGAAAAAGGUCACUUGA